UAGUAUACUCAAAUAUGGCUUCUGCGUCAGAGAUGUGUUUGAGUGACGCCGCAUUAGCAGUCUGUCGGCUUGUAGAAGAAACAAAGGGGCAUAAAACACUAAAGUAUCUGGGACCUAGCUGUCUUGUACAUUUCUCCGAUACCAGCACCCCUAAAAUUCUUUCUUCCACUUCCUCGGGGAGAACUUCGAUUUCAGAGCGUGCGUCAAGCUAUUUCUUGGUUGCAAGUGCCGAAGUCUUGAAAAAGACCCAGAUCGAAGCCUGUGAGAACAAUUCAGGCCGCUCCGUGAAGAUCGUGGCCGAAUUUGUUCGGGCAAGAGACGGAAGAAAGCUCGAACGCAAGACCCUGAGUCCUAUUAAAGUGGGCGGUGAGUUGUGCCGAGCACUCGACGACAUCGUUGAAUCAGAUGGGAUGAUUUUUAUAGCCCUUACCGGGUUAAGACGAAGUAUCUUCAACAAGAGCAACUUGUUGAGUCGUGCUUUAGAAGUUGCCGAAAUACAAGGCAGAAAUUCAUCUGCACGGAUGGCAUCAAAUGACCUACGGUGUGUCCUGUUUACGCUAUUGACUUGCGGGAAAAAGGCAUUCCAACUGCAAGAUAAUCCUGAGUUUGGAACCAAGGUCUACGAUCUUCUGCCGUUUGACACAGUCCUAACCUGUGAAAAUCAGACGCGAUCUUCGAGGUACUUCUUGCAAAAUGAUGAGAAAAAGCGCUUCCUCAACGAAGAUGAAUUUCCAAAGAACGACAUUCCUUUUGGAGCCAUCAUUCUCAAAAAUGUGAUGUUUGCAGGAGUGCUGAACUUUGACAACAGACAGCCUUCGCCAGUUUUUGUCGAGAGCAGUUUAGAAACAGCAAUUCAGAGAUGUGAUGAGAGAGAAGCUGAAAGGCUGGUUGGUGCAGUAGGUGGGAUUUAUCCAUUUUUAGAUCCAAAGAGAAAAGAAAGAUCAGAGGGAAAUGAUAAGACUGGCAUUUAUGGUUUCCCUCAGCCUGCAGUCACACCCUCAGCCUCAGAUAAGUUUGUGGCAGGUUUUCAGUCAACUAAUGACAACAGUGGUAAUGAGGAUUUGAGAACAAUACCGUGUGCAACCAACCAGGCUGAGUCAGGUAAGAAAAAAGAGGAGUCAGGCAAAAAUAGUAAAGAUGAAAAGGCCACCCCAAUUGAAAACUCCUGCAGAUCUUUGGACAAAAGUUUAGAUUCCAACAGAGUUGUAUAUGUGCCCGUAAAUUUGCAAUCUGCUGAUAAUGAAAAUCAGCCUGCAGGAGAAUGUUCAGCACCUGAACUAAGCCCUGAAACAGGGACAGGAGGCUCAGAGGAAGAAGUCCAAGGAGGACCUGUAGAUGAGCAAGUUCAGGGGUCAGAGGAAGAAGGAGGGAAGCGGGUAACAAUACAGAAGAAGGAGGAAAAAUCUGUAUCUCAGAGAUGCCGAGCACCUUUAACUGCCAUGGUACCUCAGGUAACAACAGGAAUCCAGAGGAACCCAGCAGAGAUUCCACUGGCUCCAGCAGUGCCAGGAGGUCCAGAAUACUCAUUACCCCCAUUACCUCAGAGACGCCUUGAGACACAAGGAGCAUCCACUGACCUAAGCAGCCAUGAAAGUGGUUUUCUUUUCCAAAAUGGAAGGUACAAUGAGUUGCCUGAAGGAGCCCAAGGUGAAGUAAGGGAACAAAGCUCAUCAGAUUCUUGUCACCCAAAGAAAGAAGAGCAUCCUGAAGUGAAGCGCUCCAUCUCUAUGUCAACUGGGACUAAAAAGACAUAUAAGUUAGAUGACCUGCUUAAAGAGACCUUACUGAGUUGUCUGGAGCUUUUGGAGGCUCUGUGUCGAAGUUUGGACAAAGAGUAUAAAUAUGGCCUUUGCAAAUACUGGAAACACCUUGCUGAACAUUUCGGCAUCUCAGAACAAGAGUACCAGAGGUUUGAAUUUCAACCAGUCUUCAGUCCUACCGAGCUGAUGUUUGAAUAUUUGCAAACUGCUGACCCAGAUGUCACAAUUGGUUGUCUCAAAGUUGGGCUAAGGAAAAUUGAGAGGCAUGAUGUUAUCAACUUGCUUGUACAACAUGAAAAAUGUGAUCCAUUGGCACUGAAUGAUAAAACAUUGGUUUCCAGCCUGUUCGACACUGAUCCUGAUAUCAUUGGUGAACUUGCCUACCUGUUAGAUAUUCAGAAAUCUGGAGUUAAAAAAUGGUCAGAUUUGGCUCCUAAAUUGAACAUACCAAGAAGAACUUUCAGGAUGUUUGAAAAUUGCACUGCUGGCAAUCCAACAGAGAGGGUGUUUGAAAUUGUAACAGUUCAAAGCCCCAAAUUAACCAUUGGUGAAUUGAUCAAUCAUCUGAAAGCUUUGAAAAGACAUGAUGUGAUCAAAGCAAUUGAAAAGAGCACCAAGGUUAAAGAAAGUUCUGUGAUAAAAGAGUUGGUUGCAGAUGUUGAAGUCAUGGAGGAGGUGUGUGACUUACUCAAUCAGAUAAAUCGCACUACCACAGUCUCUGGAUUGAGAAAUCUUGGAAACCGAUUAAAGAUUAAGAAAGAAAUUUUGGAUGAUCUUUUACCCUCUAUGGAGGUAAACCAAAGUCCCACAGAGGCAUUGAUUCGUCGUCUUGGAGGUUCCAAUCCAAGUCUAACCCUUGUAGAUUUUAUAUGGGCACUACAUGAAAUUAGCCGACCUGAUGUCAUUGUGUUAUUGGAUGAAUACCUUCCAGCUGGAUGUGUUCAAAGGCUUUUGAUCUCAUCUUGUAACUGUGAGAUAUGCCAGCAAGUGUUGCCAAGACAAAGUGGAGAAAGUUAGAGACAGUUCGAAGUGUGUAUCGAUGGACGAAACAUUACGGCAUUUUUGGCUUCUUCAGAAUGGUGACUUAUGAUCAACCACCAUGGUUAUUCUCCUGAAGCUGGGCAGGCAGAGGUUGAUAAUAAACUAAGUUCCUUGGAGCAAUUUCAAUCCAGUAUCUAGUUUUUAGACAUUUGAGUUGGUUGAGUAUGCAGAUUAUUUUGUUAUUUAAUAGGAGUAAUACUCUCACUGUGAUAAAGUCUUAUUCCAAGAAACAAAACCCAAAUGGAGAUGUUAUACAUUUUUGAUUAGCUUUUAGCCAUAGAAAUGAUCUUUUAUUAUUAAUAUAGUGAAAAUUAAUUUUAAUAAAUAAGAAGAAAUAACUCAUAUUACAUCUACUAUAGUAACAAAACUUUUAAAUUGUUGCCGGGCAUUGGGGGUGCUGAAGAGUUGUGGUGGAAACUGAGGUUUUUUUCCUUUUUAAAACUAUAAAAAUGAAUUUUUUAUUAUAACCAUCUGAACAAGAUUACCAAAAGGCAAGGAAAAGAAAAGGAAAAAUGAACUUUGUAUCUCUUUCUGGCACCCUGUGGUAGAGUGAAAUGUAACAAUAUCUAAAGCAAGCUAGGUAG